CCUAUGUUUUGCAUAUCUCUCAAUUUCACAUUGUUUAAUUUAAUUUAAUUACUCCAAUAAGGUCUACAUAAUUCGUCUUAAGCUCGUUUCAUACUUUCAUCCAUGGCGCACGCGGCAACAUCAUCUCCAAUUUCUUCUGCCUUAAGCCAUGCUCGUAGUGAGAAUGGCUACACAGAAAUUGACUGGGACAAGUUAGGAUUCGGGCUAACGCCCACGGAUUACAUGUACGUGAUGAAAUGCUCAAGAGACGAGGAGUUUACGGAGGGGCAGCUAAUUCCAUAUGGGAACAUUGAGUUGAGUCCUGCAGCUUGUGUAUUGAACUAUGGCCAGGGUUUAUUUGAAGGAUUGAAGGCAAUGAGAAGAGAAAAUGGGAAGCUUGUUUUAUUCCGAGCUGAUCAAAAUGCCUUACGCAUGAGAAUAGGCGCGGAAAGAGUGUGUAUGCCUUCCCCGUCUGUUGAUCAGUUCAUUGAUGCAGUCAAGCAGACUGCUCUUGCUAAUAAGCGCUGGAUUCCUCCACCAGGGAAAGGUUCACUAUACCUUAGACCUUUGCUCCUAGGAACAGGUGCUGUACUAGGUGUGGCUCCAGCUCCCGAGUACACAUUCCUUAUCUAUGCUUCUCCAGUUCGCAACUACUUUAAGGAAGGGAACGCGGCAUUAAACUUGUAUGUGGAGGAUCAAUUUGACCGUGCUUCUCGUGGUGGUGCUGGGGGUGUGAAAUCAAUAACCAACUAUGCGCCAGGUUUGAAACCAUUGGAAAGAGCAAAGAAAAAUGGAUAUUCGGAUGUGCUGUAUCUUGAUUCCGAAAGCGGGAAAUAUAUAGAGGAGGUUUCUACUUGUAAUAUAUUUGUUGUUAAGGACAGUAUAAUCUCAACUCCACCAACCAAAGGUACAAUUCUCCCUGGUGUAACAAGGAAAAGUAUCGUCGAAAUUGCUCUAGAAAACGGUUUCAAGGUUGAGGAACGACAGAUUGCGGUGGAGGAAUUACUCGAAGCAGAUGAAGCUUUCUGCACCGGAACUGCUGUUGUGAUGGUUCCUGUAGGUAGCGUUACAUACAAAGGAAAAAGGGUAGAUUACCAGGCAACAAACGCCAAUUCAAUGUGUAAGAGGUUGAUGUCAUUAUAUUCUGGGAUUCAAAAUGGUCUGAUUGAAGACAAGAAGGGUUGGAUUAUUGAAAUUAACUAGUGAAACUGUACUUAAUACAAUUCACUUGUGUUGAAAUUGAAAUGUAAGGGUUAAAGUUCGAUUUAUACAAUAAUUGCGUGCGUUUUCCAAA